GCAUGCGUCGGCUGGCGUCGGUACCCCGCAUUUAGCGCUGGUUUCGAGUCACCCAAUACUUCGUUAGCACCACGUAGCCCCGCACAAAUCUGUGAAAGAUGACACACUGGGUUUUCACACAAGGCUGGAGGCCCAUAUUCUCUAUAUAUAUUCAAAAUGGGCAGAGCACUCCAACGAACUCCGUUAUGGUGUAUCGGCUAGCAUCCGUCGCUUUCAUUCCCAAUGUCAGCUUCCGACGAGAGCCGGGUUCGAUUCCCGGUAACGGAAAAUCUUCUUUUUUGCCUCAACCACUACAUAUUUAUGUCAACACGCCGUCUUUUUGGUUUUGCCAGGUCGCCUCAGGUCGCCUGCUCCUGAACUAUCAUGUACAAUUAAGAUCUAGAGUUGUCGUAUCUAUAGUCCGUACCAUACAUGCAGAUAUGUGCUCAUCAUUCGUGCAUCUAAUGCACGUUAUUACGCGUGAAGCACUUGUAAAGCUAUAUCUGCUGUUUUCCUACCAUGCGUGGUCCAGACACAAUAACGCACAAUCUUCACUUAAUAGGUUUAUCUACGAUUCCUCCAAUGUGAAAAAGGGAGAUGGGCCUUUUACGAUUUUUGGAUAAAGUUUGAGUGUUUAUCGUGCACCAAGAGUCGAGUUUUGGAGAUUCGAUGCUCAACGUGCCAGAAUUACAAGGUUUUAUCCGAUUUCACCAAGUUACAAAAAAAAGGAACCUCUCGGUGAACGGGUCCUCGCGGGU